UCCUGCCUCCUCGGGAACAAAGGGAACUCUGUCUCGGCAUCUGUCACUGCCGCCCACCCAAAACUUUUCGCUGCGCCUCGGCCGCCCGCCCCGCCGCCGCGGGAGGGUCCCGCCGCACCCCCGGCACCGGCACCGGAGCCCCGGCGGCGGCGCGACCCCGGCGCGGCCCAUGCAAGGGCCGAGGCGGCGGCGGCGGCGGCGGCCCGGGGGCUUUAACCAGGAGAGAUCUGCGGGCAUCUCCACCAUGUCGGAAAGCGACCUCGGGGAGGACGACAGCGCCACAUCCCCGGACCCCUUGCAGUCCAACAAGAGGAAGAGAAGGGGCAAUCUCCCCAAGGAGUCCGUGAAGAUCCUCCGGGACUGGCUGUACGAGCACCGCUUCAAUGCCUACCCCUCUGAGCAGGAGAAGCUCAGCCUCUCAGGGCAGACCAGCCUCUCCGUGCUGCAGAUCUGCAACUGGUUCAUCAACGCCAGGAGGCGGCUGCUCCCCGACAUGCUGCGUAAGGAUGGGAAGGACCCCAACCAGUUCACCAUCUCCCGCCGGGGUGGCAAAGCUGGUGAUGUGGCUCUGCCGCGGGGGGCUGCUGCCGGUUCUGGGGUGCUGGUGGUACCUCCCGUGACGGCUGCCGGGGCCUCCAAGGUGCUGUCGAUGUCCGUAUGCCCGCAGGUACUGUGCCACCCUGCCCAGGCGCUGGGCAGCAACCUGACGGUGGUUAGCGCCCACAGCCCCGAGUGGGAGAAGCCCCCUGGCCCGCAGCGAGCGGAGCCGGACCCUGCCCCCAAAGCGCCGCUGGGUACCACCGGCAGCACCAUGACCUUGCUGGCCCGGGCUGAGGCGGCCAGCCCCACCAGUGGACUCUUUAACACACCACCCCCCACGCCUCCCGAGCUCUUUGGCGACGACUUCAGCAGCUUCCAGCUGCUGGUGGAGGUGGCAUUGCAGAAGGCGGCCGAGCUGGAGUCGCAGCGGCAGGGCGGGCAGCUGCCCCUCUCACCCCAGACUGAGCCUCUGGGAGCCUCCGUCUCCAAAUAACCCCCUGGGCCAGCUCCCGCAGGGUGCCCUUCCUCGGGGGGUGCCUGACCCUCCCGGCCACCCAUCUGCCUGCACCCCCCAACCAGCUCAUCUCAGGAGCAGACUCCUGCCUUCCAGGGGGCUCUGGUUUCUCUGUCAGCCAAGGGGGGAGAGGUGGGGAGAUGCCCCCCCCCGCCUGCUGCCCUUGCCACUGAGGAUUGUGCCCCGGGUACAUGGGAGGAUGUGGCCACUGCAGUCUGGCUGCUGUGAAGAGACCUUUGCAGCUUUACUGACCUCGCCCUGCUGUGACUGAUGGUUACUGUGGAGCUCCCCUUGGAAAACCUGCUGACUUCUUUUUCUCUCUCCUGCAAACAAGGGUCCAGCCAACACCAUUUCUUCAGGGAGAGAGAGAGAGAGAAUUUAUUUUUUUUUAAAGUUGGUGUCUGUUUUAAGGACUAUGGAUGAAAAGCUCUUUCUCCCAAAUCUCUGCUCUCUUUCCCCACCCCCCACCCCCCCCCUUUUUUUCCCCCCUUUUGUUUGUGGAGGGCCUUUCUGGUACCUUGUGCUGGCCAGGAGCCCUGCCUUGCCCAGGGAAGGGCAAAGGACAGAUGAACUGGAAACCUGAAGUCUGUGGCAUUUUUUCGCAUGGAAAACAUGGGACUCCUUUUUCUGAUUUAGGGUGUUACGGAUGCUGCCAGUAGAAAUCCCUAUGGUGCUGUUUAGCAAUUUUUUGUUGAAACAUUUUCCUUUUAAUUGUGAUUUAUUAUACGAUUUUUUUUUUUUUUUCUUCUAUAAGCAUUUCCACAACUUGCCCGUGUUUCUCUUGAGUUCCUGCUGAGUAUGUGCACACUGUGUCCCGGAACAGAGAGCACAUUGCGGAGCCUGUGAGAUGCUGACAGCAGGCUGCUGCUGGGGGUGGAUGCAAAGCUGAGACUGUGAAAUUUUGUACCCGACUUGGUGGGGUUUUUUUUGUUUUGUUUUGUUUGUUUUUUUUUUUGAAUUUGGAAAGAGGCGUGUUGCUGGUAUGGGCAUGUGUGUUCUUCUGCAAGUGCAGUGCUCACAACCUGCAGACCAUGGUUCCUGGAAAGCAGAGUUGUCUCAUCGGCCAAGUGCUGAUGACCUGCCCUGGGAACGCGGAGGGAUGGAGUCUUAUUGCUCUGCCGUCCCCUCCCUCCUGCUCUUGCUCUCCAGGGCUGAGCGUGGCUGUGCCUGGCUGUGUGGUGCUGGUGACCUCUAGUGACAAGCUCGUGUCUGCUGGGAGCUGGCUGGGCCCCCCCCCAGCCUGGCCUGGUGGGGGUUUUCAGGCUCCAAGGCAGUUCCUGGCUGGGCAUCGCUUGCUGUCACUGAGUGGGAGCCUGGGUGCUGCACUGGUCCUGGGACUGAGAUAUUGCUGUUUCACUGUAAAAUGUAAGUUAAAUAGCGAUAUGUACGCACCUAUGUUAUCUAUCCUGAGAAACACUAAUCCUAGGUAAUUAGCCUGAUUGUUAAGUUGCAUGACUAGAGAUAAUAACGUCCACAGGAUCUGGUGCUCUGCAGUGGUUGGAGCCAGCAGUGCUGGGGGACGAUGGGGCCUGGAAGGGAAAAGCACUGAUUUUGGGGACUGGUGUUUCCUCCCCUCCCCCGCCUUUUCUUCAGAGAGAAGGUGACAGGAGAGAGGAGUUCGUGAGUACUAAUGGGGGCUGCAGGAAGGCUUGCCAAUAAUGUGUUGCAUUGGCCGGGUGCCCCUGUGCAGUGCAGGGAUGGCUCCAACUCUGGUACUACCCGGCUUCAGGUGGAUGCUCAUCAUGUGGCUGUGAACAUCCCCCUCCUCAUCUCCCCUGGCUCCAUUUUAUGUCCAGCCUUUGUCUUCUGCCUCCUUUCUGGGGAAAGCCCUGAAUUUUAGGACUCCCUCCCUUAUUUCUAGGUAGCCCUUCCCCCUGUCACCUCCCUGCAGUUCUGUUUCCUCCCCCAGGGGAGGGAGAGGCUUUUUAGUCUCCUCCCCUUAUGUUGCCCCAGUCAAACCAAAGUGGUUUCCUCCCCCAGGGCAGGAGUGCUACAGCUGUGCCUGUGCCAUGGACUGGUGUUGCUGCCCUGGGGAUGGACCAGAAAGAGUGGGGAGGGCAGGGAUUAUUGGAAUGAAAUUUACGAAGCAAAAAACUACUGUAAAUAUCUUUUUGUUUGUUCUUCUGUUGUCAAAUAAAAGUUUUUUAGUUUUU